AUGAACUUGCUCUUUUUGUUCGUUCAAGCGCUGCUCCCCUCGGCAAAUGCGAAAGCUCCAAAAGAGAAAGAUUGGAAGAUGAAAGAUGGAUACUAUCCGAUCUUGAGCAACUUUUUCGAAGGAAAACUUUACGUGAUAAAAGUGCUCGGCCACGUCGCAAAGGACGUCGGUUCGGUCUGCAUCCCUGACAAGAAACAACGAUGGCGGUACGCCGAUGCCGCUUGCAAACGACUUGGCUUCCCUGGCGUCGAGAAAGUCGCUAAAUUCAGCGAGUCGAGUAGCUUCAGCGGCCCGGGCGCGAUUAAAUGCGGCAAGACUCGAAGCGACUGCGAUCUUGACUACUACGUCACGGGUGCGAACUGCUCUGCGGAUGCUUCAUGGCCAGAGUGCGACGUGAAAACGAUUGUGGACGAACAAGGCGAGGAGUGUCUCCGCGAUAGGGACGAACUGUAUGUUCGAUGCAACUUCAAAUUGAAUAUUACUUUCACUGGAAAUCAAAAAAUCACCAACUUCAUUGAGGAAUCAUUUCAAGAACUAGAAGUUGUCAAGAACGGGCUGUGCUCUCACGGGACGAAAAUCAAGAUCAACAUUUGCGGUCUUGGUCGAACACCACGAAUCGCGUCCACUGGCAAGGAACCCCACUGGCAAGGUUUUCCACAAUACUGCCAAGGAGCCGUCAUCAAGCAAACAUGCUGUCCAACAAAUAACGACCCAGUCAUCAUUCCGAAAUUCAACGAAAGCUCUCAAAAGCAUGAUUUUGAGUACCGCCCGCCAACUGCUCUCCAAAGUGAUUCUACUUCAAUUGACAAAUUGACAAAUUGUGAUCCAGAUCACCAGUGUAAUAUUGUUCACUGGAGUCCAGCGGAAGAGCUUGAACUUAAAUCAAGUCAAUGCAGUUUUCCAGUCAAUAAUCACAAAAAAAGACUCUUUCUUUUCAAAAGAGAAAGCCAGAAAGUGCCAGAAAUGCUGGCAGAGAAUCACUUCAAGAGAGCAACGAAAUCAAAGACGAAUCGAAAACUUCUUCAUUAA